AUGUUGCAGAGAGCUGCAAGCAAUGCAUAUUCAUGGUGGUGGGCCAGCCACAUCAGAACCAAGCAGUCAAAAUGGCUGGAGCAGAACCUCCAAGAUAUGGAGGAAAAGGUGCAAUAUGUGCUUAAACUCAUUUCAGAGGAUGGAGACUCUUUUGCCAAGAGAGCAGAAAUGUACUACAAAAAGAGACCAGAGCUGAUACACUUUGUUGAAGAAACCUACAGAGCGUACCGGUCCUUGGCUGAACGGUAUGAUCACAUUUCAACAGAGCUACAAAAUGCCAACAACACGAUUGCUUCUGUUUUCCCAGAACAAGUUCAGUUUGCCAUGGAUGAAGAAGAUGAUUAUCCCUCACCCAGAAUGCCAAAAAGGCCUCCAGAUAUCUCAAAAGGGAAUAUCCCAAAGGUUCCGAAGGGUCCUACUAAAGAUCUAAAGAGUCUUCUUACAAAAGCAACAGCUAAAAAUAAACUGCAGCCUCAGAUGUCAAUGAAAACAGUAACUGCUAAAGCAGUUCCUAAAUCUGGCUUGAGCAAACCUCAGGCACUUGAAGAGAUUGACAAGGCUCAAAAACAAAUUCUGUCCCUACAAACUGAGAAAGAGUUUGUAAAGAGCUCAUAUGAAAAUGGACUUGCAAAGUACUGGGAAAUAGAGAACCAAAUCAAGGGAAUGCAAGAGAAAGUAUCCAAUUUGCAAGAUGAAUUUGGUGAGGGAAUGGUCAUUGACGAUAAUGAGGCUCGGAAUUUGAUGGCAGCAUCUGCUUUAAAUUCAUGCCAAGAGACAUUGGCUCAGUUGCAGAUGAAACAGGAAAGUACAGCUGAGGAAGCAAGAAUUGAGUCACAACGGGUUAAGGAUGCCGUGAAGAACUUAGAGUCUCUUAAGAAUGAGUUUCAUCAUGGUCAAAUCAAUCAGGAAAAGCCAAAUGCACAGGAUGAAUCUGUGAAUGUAGUAAAUGAGAAAAAAUUGGACCAGGAAGUGGACAGUGUGGCACAACAGAAACAGAAAUUGGAGUUGUUACGAGAUAAAAUUAAGGAACACUACGAGGCUGGGCCUGAAACAUCUCUCACUAUUGCGGAAAUGGCAGAUAAGAUUGAUGAGCUUGUGAAUAAAGUGAUCAGCUUAGAGAGUGCAGUUUCAUCACAGACUGCUCUAGUCCAGAGAUUAAGAAGUGAAAAUGAUGAGAUCCAUGAACAAAUUCGAAUUCUGGAAGAUGAUAAGGUAAGUCUCAUUGAUGGCAAGAAGGACUUGGGCAAAAAGCUGAAGGAACUGGAGGAAAAAUUGCAUCAAGUCCAGGAUCUAAACCAAAGUGUUGAAAACCAGAAUGACAAUCUCCAGACACAUUUUACUGAAGCACAUUGUAAUCUUGGUCACAUUUCUCAUAAACUGCGAACCGUGAAGCCAGAUGAGGAGGUCAAGGUCACAGGCUCAUCAGAAACGAAAGAGGGAUCUCUGGGGGAAGCCAAGUUGCAAAAGCAGUUUGAAGGAGAAGAAAAAACAGUUAAUCCUGAUGAUGGCUUCAAGGGACUGCAGGAAGCAAAGUCAGGAGAGGAACUGAAGGCUACAGUUUCACCGCAAAAAGAUGAAGAACCUUGGGCUGAAGUGAGACUGUCAAAAAAGUCCACAGAACAUAAAGAAACACCAAAUCCUGCUGAUGUUUCUGUAAAAGCUACAGAUAUUCUCCGUACUGCUGGCGAUCAAGGAGAAGAUGUUUGUCAAUCCCUGGAAAUUAAUAACGAAGAUAAGAAACAUCUGGACAAAGAUGACAAGCAAACUUCAGUGCACCCUGUGGAUAAUCUUCUCAAUAUGGAACCAAAGGAACAAGCAACAAGGAAAGAAGAUGACAAGCAAACUUCAGCGCAGCCUGUGGAUAAUCUUCUCAAUAUGGAACCAAAGGAACAAGCAACAGGGAAAGAAGAUGACAAGCAAACUUCAGCGCAGACUGUGGAUAAUCUUCUCAAUAAGGAACCAAAGGAACAGUCAACAGGGAAAGAAGACAAGCAAACUUCUGCUCAGACAGUGGAUAAUCUUCUCAAUAUGGAACCAAAGGAACAGUCAACAGGGAAAGAAGAUGACAAGCAAACUUCUGCUCAGACUGUGGAUAAUCUUCUCAAUAUGGAACCAAAGGAACAAGCAACAAGGAAAGAAGAUGACAAGCAAACUUCAGAGCAGACUGUGGAUAAUCUUCUCAAUAUGGAACCACAGGAAGAAGAACCAGACUGGCAGAAAUUGUUUUUGAAUGGGAUGGAGGACAGAGAGAAGAUUCUAUUGGCAGAGUACACGACAACUCUUCGGAACUACAAGGAUCUCAAGACGAAGUUCAGUGAAGCUGAGAACGACCUCUUUGAAACAUCAGUCCACAUAAAAGAACUGAGGAGUGCCAGUGCCAUGAAAGAUGAAGAGAUUAAAUCAUUGCAUAAGAAACUGGAUCUUCUGCUACAGAGUAUGGGUAAAAAUAAAGACUCAGAAGAAUUUAAAGCUUUAGAUCACCAGCAGACCCCAAAGAGUACACCAGCAGAUAAGAAAGACAAUGAUGAACUUGUGGGAACUUCAACUAUAUCAGCAAUCGAAGAAAAAUUCCGGGGAAAUAUUGAUGAACUGUUGGAAGAGAACUUGGAUUUCUGGUUAAAAUUUAGCGCUUCAUUUACACAGGUACAACAAUUUGAAACUACUGUAGAAGAUUUGCAGUCUGAGAUAUCCAAGCUUGAGGAGAGAAGAAAGAAGCAAGAUGGAAGUAGUCAUGCAAAAUAUUCUAUGAAAUCAGAUGCACGACCGCUAUACAAGCACCUAAUGGAGAUACAGACUGAACUAAAUGUUUGGUUGGAAAAGGGUGCAUUACUGAAAGAUGAGCUGCAGUGCAGAUUCACGUCUUUAUGCGACAUUCAAGAAGAAAUAACGAAAGCUUUGAAGACAGGUGCUGAGGAUGGCGACUUCGAGUUUACAAGCUACCAAGCUGCAAAGUUCCAAGGCGAGAUUUUAAAUAUGAAACAAGAGAAUAACAAGGUUGCAGAUGAAUUGCAAGCAGGAUUGGACCAUGUGAACGCACUCCAACUUGAAGUAGAAAAAACUAUGGCAAAGUUAAACGAGGAGUACAGGCUCUCUGGAUCAAAGAAGCAACCUCCUGCACAUCUAGCUCACUCUGAGAGUCGGUCCCGAGUUCCCUUGCGGUCAUUUAUAUUUGGUGUUACACCAAAGAAGCAAAAGCGAUCAAUCUUUGCCGUUGUGGCCCCUGCAAUGCAUAAGAGAUACCAAGAUUCAAAAGCUAGAUCAUCCCAGCAGUAA